GGGGUUGGUUGUGGCUAAAGUGCCUAGUUAACAGACAUCGCUAACCUCCUCCCCCCCCCCCCAAAAAAAAAAAAACCCAGCCAGUACUGGAAGGAGGGAAGUAUAUUUUCUUGGCCAAACCAAUGUACUUCAAUCAACCAGCCAUUUAUGCAUCCUUUUUUUCACAGAGACAUGCACACCGUUUCCCCUCUUUCUCGAAAAUAUCUUUGCUUCUUCAGAUUUUCUUGCAGUGUGUGUGUGUGUGUGUGUGUGUGUGUGUGUGUGUGUGUGUGUGCGCGCGCGCGCAAUCCGAGUCUCCGUGGGAAGUGAAUGAGGAGGAGCUUGAGUUGGGGAGGGGGGGUGAAGAGGGGGAGAACCUGCCACUGGUUAGAUGAUGGAGCGGCGCUUGCAGGCGGCAGCAGCAGAAGCAUCUCGUUAACACACCUCAAUGAAAGCGGCAGUGGAAACGGAUGGGGAUAAAGACGUAAGCAGGCUAACUAUAGCUGCCGUGUAGCGAGAUGGGAUGUAACCUGCUCAGAUCAAGGCUGCGAGGUGCGUAAUCCCCAGGGCUAGCCUAUUGUGGAGAGGAGAUCGCAGUCAGCAUUGCCACAGGUGACUUGGUUCCCUGCUUACAGUUGCUUUGAGAUCCAGGCUAUUUUUAAAAUUUCUUAUUUUUAAAAUCUCCAUCUCCUCUCCUUGAUAUCAUCUGUAGAAAGGAAGACCAACAAUAGUAAUACUAUUGUGAUUAUUAAUAAAAAAAUAUUGAAAAGUGACUUCCCAUCACCUCUGCUCCCCUCACUCCGAGACAGCCAAGAGACAUGGUUUACCCCUUACUCCUUUGCCUCCUGCUUGCUCAACUGGGACUGGGAGCUGCCGGAUCCAGCCGUGACCCACCGGGGCGCCUGGAACCCCAUAGAGAGAGGACCCUUAGAGGGAAGCAGCAUGGCCAUCAGCCCACCAGAGAUUCAGAUUCUUCGACUCUCUGGAGCCGGUCCAUCGACGGCACCAUCUUGGCGCAGAAACUCUCCGAGGAGGUACCCACGGAGGUGGCCUCUUACCUCUACACAGGGGACUCCCAUGAACUGAAGCGAACCAAUUGCUCCGGCCGCUUCGAGCUGGCAGCGGGCCUGCCGGGGAAAUCCCCCGCCAUGGUCAGCCUGCACCCCUCCUUGCACGGGGCGAUGGACACGCUUAUCUACGCCACCAACUUCCUCAACAUGAUCAAUAAGUCACUAGAGCAGAACUUGCAGGACGACCUGGAGUGGUACCAGGCGCUGAUCCGUAGCCUCUUUGAAGAUGAGCCCAGUAUCUCACGGGCAGCCAUUACCUUCAGCACCGAGUCACUGUCCUCUCCAGCCCCCCAGGUCUUCCUUCAGGCCACUCGAGGGGAAAGCCGCAUCCUCCUACAGAACCUGUCCUCUUCUGCUCACCACUUGGCCAACGCCACCCUGGAGACCGAAUGGUUUCACGGCCUGAGGCGCAAAUGGAGGCCCCAUUUACACCGCCGGGGCUCCAACCAGGGAAUCCGGGGUCUGGGCCACAGCUGGAGGCUCCGGGAUAUCUCUGGAGGGGAAAAGAACCAGGUCAGGUGGUCUUUACCGUACCUGGAAUGUGAGAACGGGAGUUACAAACCUGGCUGGUUGGUCACUCUUUCCACUCCUUUCUACCGGUUCCAGCCUAAUGUGGUCCCUGAAUUCAGGGGGAUCUUGAAAGUUGAUAUAAAUCUUCAGAAGGUGGAUAUUGACCAGUGUUCAAGUGAUGGCUGGUUUUCAGGAACCCAUAAAUGCCAUCUGAACAAUUCAGAGUGCAUACCAAUUAAAGGCCUUGGAUUUGUGCUUGGAGCCUAUAAGUGCAAUUGUAAAGCAGGAUUCUAUCAUCCCCGAGUCUUUUCAGUGAACAGCUUUCAGAAUCACCAUUUUGCUGGGGAUGAGAAGCUGGAGGAAGCCCAUAUCUGUUUGCCAUGCAGGGAAGGCUGCUCCUUUUGUGCUGAUGACAGACCUUGCUCUACCCAAGAAGACAAGUAUUUACGGCUGGCCAUUAUCUCCUUCCAAGUCCUGUGUAUGCUGCUUGAUUUCAUUAGCAUGUUGGUUGUCUACCACUUUCGCAAAGCCAAGAGCAUCAGAGCAUCGGGACUGAUCCUGUUGGAAACAAUUCUUUUUGGGUCUUUGCUGCUAUAUUUUCCGGUUAUCAUUUUAUAUUUUGAGCCAAGCACAUUUCGCUGCAUCCUCCUAAGAUGGGUUCGUCUUCUGGGCUUUGCUACUGUUUAUGGAACUGUUACUCUCAAACUUCACAGGGUUUUGAAGGUUUUCCUUUCACGAACAGCUCAACGUAUCCCCUAUAUGACUGGUGGCCGGGUCAUGAGGAUGCUGGCAGUAAUUCUCCUGAUAGUAUUUUGGUUUCUCAUUGGUUGGACUUCAGCUGUCUCCCAAAAUUUGGAGAGGCACAUCUCACUCAUUGGACAGGGGCGAACAUCAGACCACCUCAUCUUUAACAUGUGCCUCAUAGACCGCUGGGAUUACAUGACAGCAAUUGCUGAAUUUUUAUUCCUCUUGUGGGGUGUUUAUCUCUGCUAUGCAGUGCGGACAGUCCCAUCAGCAUUUCAUGAGCCACGUUAUAUGGCUGUUGCAGUUCACAAUGAGCUCAUUAUCUCUGCUAUAUUCCAUACAAUUAGAUUUGUUCUUGCUUCAAAACUUCAGUCUGACUGGAUGCUGAUGCUAUAUUUUGCACAUACCCAUUUGACUGUGACAGUCACCAUUGGGUUACUUUUGAUUCCAAAGUUUUCACAUUCAAGCAAUAACCCAAGAGAUGAUAUAGCAACAGAAGCAUAUGAAGAUGAGCUUGACAUGGGCCGGUCAGGAUCGUACCUGAACAGCAGUAUUAAUUCAGCUUGGAGUGAGCAUAGCUUGGACCCUGAGGAUAUUCGGGAUGAGCUAAAGAAACUCUAUGCACAGCUAGAAAUCUACAAAAGGAAGAAGAUGAUUACAAAUAAUCCACACCUCCAGAAAAAGCGGUGCUCAAAAAAGGGCCUCGGUCGUUCCAUCAUGAGACGCAUCACUGAGAUCCCUGAAACAGUCAGCAGACAGUGUUCUAAGGAGGACAAGGAGGUCAUGGACCACAAUGCAACCAAAAAUGCUGUCAUUAUGAGGAAAAACCCACAAGAAUCUUCCAGUAUCGCUGGGAAAGCAAAGGAAGAAUCUCUAAAAAACCGUGUCUUCUCCUUAAAGAAGUCCCACAGCACUUACGAUCAUGUUAGAGAGCAGUCAGAAGAGUCUAAUAGUAUCCCAACAGAGAAUGAAGAAGCAGAGACUACAGAGAACUCUCUACUGGACUCCCUUCCAGGUAAAAAAGUCAACAAGCGUAUUACAGAAAACAUGGAGGCUGCAUCCACUGAGUCAGUCCCUUUGGUGUGUAAGUCAGCAAGUGCUCACAACCUCAGUUCAGAGAAGAAGCCUGGGCACCCAAGAACAUCUGUGUUACAAAAGUCUCUCAGUGUUAUAGCAAGUGCCAAGGAGAAGACUCUUAGUUUGACUGGGAAAGCAUCUAUUCAAGGCCUGGAAGAAAGUGACAAAUCCCCUAAACCACCAUUCAAAGGUAGAGAGUUCAAUCGAAAACAUUCCAACCCUGAAAAAAUAGAGACUAAAGAUUCUGCCCGGAAAAAUUCCACUCCUGAAGAACCAAGGAAACCCCCCAAAUCUGGAAUUAUGAAACAGCAGCGGGUUAGUGUACCCACCACCAAUUCUGAAAUGGGCACAGGUUCAUUAAAGGAUAAUUUUGACAUUGGGGAAGUGUGUCCUUGGGAAGUUUAUGACUUGACACCAGGUCCUGUGCCUUCAGAAUCAAAAGUUCAGAAACAUGUGUCAAUUGCAGCUUCUGAAACAGAGAAAAACACUCUUCUUCACCCAAAGGAGAAACCUCAACCCAAGCCUAAACCCAAUGAAGGAUAUCAGCAAUCCAAUCACAGAAGCAUUGACAAAACCGAGGUGUGCCCUUGGGAGAGUCCAGAACAAUGUAUUUUUGAAGAGGAAAAACAACAUUUGAAUGCUAAAACUCAGAUUCUCCCUGGGGGUGGGAAAAGCCAGAUUGCCAGUCCACAUCCUUCAGCCAAGGUAUGUGUAGGUCAAUAUGAUGAACUGCCCUCAAAAGUUGUAGCAGCAAAAGUAGAGCAAGAAAAUACCAACCAAAUAGGAGACCAGAAAAAAACGUCGUCCUCCUCUGAGGGAAAUGUGCUUUCAUCUGCCUCCUUUAACUCAAGUAAUAACUUUCAGCAGCCUUUGACAUCACGAGCUGAGGUGUGUCCCUGGGAGUAUGAGGCACCGAGUUUACCAAAUCCUGAGAGAAGUGUAGCUUUAUUGGCCUCUUCUGCUUCAAGUGCAAAUAAAACACCAACUUCCCGCAAAUAAGAGGUUUUGGACACUUGAAAAGUGUAGCAUGCCCAUAAUAGAAUGCUGUGAAAAAGAGAAAUAGAAAGGAGAAAGCCCUCAUGUCAAUGUAUCAGGUCUGAAAAUUCCCAAGGACCUCUUAUUAUCCAAGGAGGAAUACUGGAAGACAAAAGUUUCAACAAGGACAGAGGAAUUUGAAGUUGGAGAUCAGGAAGAUACCUUGGGAACAAAUAGCAGAGUGACAAUUUUCCUCCUCCCCCUCCUUCCCAAAGCUUUCCUUCAUAAUAUAAGGAAAAGGUGCAAAUAUAGAGUGUCCCCAAAGUCUUAGUAUAGUUUAGAGCUUAUACUCAGACUUUGGGGAUAGUCUGAAUUUAAAGGAAAUGUUUGUUUGCCCUUCCCCUCUCCCCCACUGAAAUUUACCUUUGAAGAUACAAACUGAGGGAAUUCUAAAUUAUAUAGAAAGAGUUUGGGAAAAAAAUGAAGAAAUGAAGAAAACUUGUAACCUUGAGCAGCUGACUGAAAUGAACUUUUCACUUUACUCAUUUAACCUUGAUAGCAUUGCUAACUUUAUGCAUCCCCAAAAUAUAUUUUAUAUUACUGAUUGCUCUCAUUUUCUUAUAAAUGUAUGUUUCAGUACAUUGUUGUGUGUCAGAUCCAAGCAUUCCAGAUUGUAUAAUUUUUGCAAAUAACUUUGAUAUUAUGUGACACAACAACACAUUUAUGCAAUCUUCAGAUACUCAAUUGUUAUUGCAACUUACAACAUACCUGCUAUUUAUGACUUUGGUUCAUUUCUAGAACUUCAGCAAGCUUUCCCUAGCUUGGGAGGCCAUAAUUUGGUAUGGAAAAUUCUUUGGUUUUGGCUGUAAUUUAUAUUGUGAAUUUGGGUUUGGCUUUAUUAUUUCACAUCAUAGUUUGAUAUGGUAUUAUUUAGGGUUUUUAUGCAAGGUAAGUUACUUGUUUUGCACUUCUUUGUAAGCACUCAAGUUCUAUUGAUAUUGGCGAUCAAGUGGUCCUACUUAGCUGUAUAUUUCAAUGAGUUAAGGACAACUUAUCCACUGUUUGUUAUAAGCCAGAUGUUAAACCACUCAUUCUGGUUAAUGAUCAUUUGCUAUUAUAUUUCUCAGUAUUUCAUACUUGGCAUCUCUUUCUAAAGGAAGAGCUAAGCAUGAGGAAAAUAAGCUUUGAAUUAUUAUUUUUCUUUGGAAAGAGAAGACUAGAAAUGACAUUAUUCUAGUUGUAUCUAUACUGUAUAACCAGGGAAUCAGCCUUUCAAAGGAAAGACAUGGAAACAUUCCCUGACAGCACUUUCAAGUGAUUAUUUUUUUAAAGAAUGGCUAAGAAAAAUUGGGCUAGUAUCUAGAUCAUUUCAUGGAUAUUUUCUAAUUAUACGUAUUGAAUGUAAAAUCAAUUCAUCUACCUUAUAGACUUUAUUACUUACACCUCCUCUUUGGUUCAGAUAAGAAUAUCAUAUCUUCAGUUCAAUCAGGUUUAGAACCCUCUCUAUUUUUGUUGCAACAAGGUGAUGUUGGUCCCUUAUUCUCUUAAAUACUGGGAAAUCUUCAUAUCCAAUGGCUUCCCAUUCUCCAUUAGCUUAGAGCUAAAAAUAUAGAGGUCUGCCUCAAGACAAAACAUUCCACUGGCUUGUUUUCUAAAAGUCAUUCUUUCCUUAUAGCCAUAUGACCGAGGAGUGCUAAAAACACUUAUUUGCUAAGAUCCCGGAGGAUGGCUAGGCAAGCAAAGUAGCUGCCUGGGGUGUAACAUGUAGGGAGGCGCGAAAAGGGACAUUUUAAUAUUAUUUUUAUAAAUGCACAUAUUUUAAUGAAUGCCAGAAAAAUGACUCUCCAGGCUAUGUAAGGAUUUAGUUUGUGAUAAUUAAAGUCCCAUGUAUUAUACUGAAAGCUCAAAGUUACAUUGAGAUGGCAAUAGUGUCUAGAACAUAAUGAAUUCUCAUCGAUUGACUGAAUGAUAACACCAAGGGAGAGAGGCAGUUACAAUCCUCAAGCCUUGUCUUGGUGCACACUUGCUUUGUCUUGGCUCUGUUCUGACUUCUGGCUGCCAAUAUGAUCUUUAUAGCUUCCCUAUCCAAUAUUUAGUGUUAUUUUAUUAGAAAAAUUAAACUUAAAAUGUAUUUAAUUAAAAGUUUAAUCAACAUCACCUUGCCUGUUCCAAACACAGCAGUAUGUCAAGUGCCUACUCUGCCCUUUUCAUUUCUAACUCAAAUGAUUGGGUUUCAUUUAGCCAGGGAAUAUAGAAAGAAUUCAAGAGGAGGAAAAGAACAAAGAAAUAAUAAGCAGGAAACAGGACACCCUUAGAGAAUCUUAUCCCUAAGGGGAUGGCACAUGAGCCAAGAAUGCUCUUCUUUUUCCAUAAAAGUCUCCCCAGCUUUUUUGUUCAAAAACAAGUCUACAGUGGGGGCUUCUCUGUUUUCCUACAUGCUAUCUAUGUGCCCUGUGUGAUCAUUUGUCUGCUUGUUUGCUUUACUCAGGUUGGUAGACGAAGAUCAAGUAGAAAUUAAGAGACUCUAUUUUUCCCCCAUAGCACAGUCCCUUUUCCCAAACCUGAUCACUCAAAAUAUGAUUUUUUUUAAAGUUAUAUUUGCUCCCUGGGCUAGUGACUUUGAGGCUCACUGAGUCGUUUCACUUAUGCCUCAGUUUUAUUACAACAUAUCUCAUCUUCGGAAAAGUAAGAAGUAGAGCAUUACUGAAUGAUCUUGCUAGAGAUAUGACUUCAAAGAGAUAUGCUAAAUUAGACCUGUAACAUUUUUUAACCCACAGUUGUUGUUCUUCACCAGUGUAAAAACAGGUAGAUUGCCUAAAGGUCUUUCCUUCAGUGGUUAUAAUAUUCAACCAAGGGAAAUUAGAAUCUAGAAUUGUUAAAACAUUUACUAGCAGAAUCAGUCAAUCAAAAGGAGAAGUCAACAAACACCCACCAAGGUUACAAACAUUUGCUAGGUUGUCCUUCUGUGCAUGUAUUGGCUGCAUCUUUACUCCGUUUCUAAUCCAGGUUUAUGAGUAAAUAGAUUUAUGCCAACCUUAAUAGACUUGUAUGUUUUAUGCAAGAAUUAAAUGCUUUAAGACAUGAAUGAAUUACUUAACUCAUCGUGUGCUUUGGUGGCCACAUGGAUUGGAAAAUCGACAGCACUUUUGUAUUUGCUCCUUAAGUUUCUGCAUGCAAGCAAUGACAGGUAGGACUGAGAAAACACUGCCGUUUGACUUCUAGCAUCAUAGCUACUGAGAGUUGUAGAGUCAAUAUCACUGUAAGUCUAUUCACUUUAUUCUGUGAUUCUAAAACUAUUAUCUGGCAACCUACAGCAUCCAACAGGAAAUAUUUGGUAGAUUUAUGUUGUGGUGUGUUGCAGCAUGUAAAUAAUAUAACUUCUCUACAAUAAAGCACAUUUAUACGAAAA